AUGGCACCACAAACAAAAGUAGAAUUUGUUGUUUUAAAAUUAACAUAUUUCAAAUUUAUUCAUCCUCAAAGUCCUAGAAUUACAGUGUCACACAAGAAGCGUUCACCAAGUGGCUCCAUGCCUCAAAUUAAAGAUUGGUUUGAUCGCAUAAUGACUCAAGAGAAAUCGAGUAUACCCUCCAACGUAAAGGUACGUUAUUGUGAGUGGAAUAUAAAUUCAGGCAAUGCAAAUUUAUUUACAAUAAAUGGUUUUCGUUUUGAUAAUAUGGUUUUAAUAUUGGGCGAAGAAUCCGUGCAUUGGAUGUUUUAUAUGUGCCAGCAAAGACGUAUCGAAGGAUGUGUUCCUUUAUCAGUUAAUUAUUGCAGCUGCUGUUUCAACAAUCAGUACUUGGAAAUUAUGGAAUCCGUUAAGGGCUGUCUGAUGAAAGAGAUCAGUUGUAAACAUGAAUAA